ACUGGGAACCUUGGCUUGGUAGAUUUGGGUCUUGGCCAACUAACAAAUCUAAUGAUUGGUCCGCUUGGGUUGCUCGGCUGGAAAAACCCUUUAGGAACACAUGGAAAACACUGGGUCUUCUGCCUUGCGUUGGAGAAGUUAUUGAGCGUCCCGGGUGUUGAUUUUGACACAAAAUCCAUUCUACCCUCCUACAAUGCCUUUAUUAAAGCUAGCCAGCAACCAUCUGAAGCCCCAGAUCUGAGAGAACAUACUGCAUUUCUGCUAACCUUAAUUUGCAAAUUCAUUGUCUGUGUAGCUGGAAAAGGACCCACCAAGGAGUAUAUUACUCUGGCCUUGGCUUUAGCUCAUGGUAGGCGUCUGGCGCUUGCUCCAUUUCUGUUGGCUAGCCUUUAUCGAAGCUGCUAUGAUGCUAUUGUUUAUCCGUUCAGCCUCUGUUGUGGUCUUUUAUGGCUUUGGUUGUACUGUUAUUUCCCAACUUUGGCUCCUAUUCUCAAGCCGCUGCCUACUGAAAAAAUUCUUACUUAUGGCAUGAUUUACAAAGAUGCCACAUUUGAAGACCAACCUAUUAGGACUUAUGAGACUUGCUUCCAAUUUUUUGCUUCCCUCUCCAUCGAUAAACCAAGCCGGCAAUUAGGCUAUUGUCAAGGAAUUCCAGUACCUCCCAUGUUCUCUUUCAACCACUGCUUCCCUCUUCGCGACACCAUGAAAGGACCUAGUGUGGUCUCCAAGUGCUUAGCCACUUCAAUGCUUGCUCUCCAGAAUAUAAACCUCCAAGAUCCGCCAUUCAAACCAAAAUGCACUAUGGCGUACAAGGAAUGGUGGAAGUCUUAUUUUACGCCAAGUUUUUCUGAUUCUGUUGCUUCACGUCGCACUUUGGCAAAAAGAAGGGCAAUAGCCAAGCGGAAGGCGUCUAGCAUGGCAAGUCUUGAAACAGACAAGGCAUCCCACCAGGUUCCCAAAAGAGGAGGUAUCAAACGAGCAGCCCAAAAACCUCCUUCAGUUAAAGGGUUGGCCACAAUGUCUCCAUCUUCUCCCUUUGAAGCCUCCUUGGCUGUUGAUGUCCGUCUGCAGGGCUUGAUUGAUGAAAUAAAUCACAAUCCCAUUAUUAAAGACCGAAUUGAUAAGUCUCCAAGCCGCGAAGAUUCAGACUCCUCUCCUUCAAACACCCAACAACUUUCAUCUAAGACGAGAGGUUCUCGUUCUUCCUUACGGCUUGCUAACAAGAAUUUCAAGACUGUCAACCCAAAUGAAGUGAUCGAUCUCUCUCCCAACACCAAGAAGACAACCACUUCCACUACAUCAACUCCAUUUCAAGCCAGCUUUCCAACCCCCACAAUUUCAACUCCUCCAACUACCAUUGAUGAUGCCAUGGAAGAUGAAAUCUUUGCCAAGUUUGAGAAUUUGACAAGUCCCCCAAUGUCAAGAGAAUUACGUCUGACAAGGAAAGGAAAAUUGGUAAUUGAGAGUAUUGGCUCAGACACGCCAAUACCUAGCCCAAAACAGAUCAACAUUGCUAUCCAAACCUUAGAGGAGCUAAUUAAUGGAGAUCCAGCAAACUUAUAUCGCCUUCCAGACCAGCCAACCAUCAUCAGCGCCGCUAAAAUCUUAAGUCACUCGCCAGAUUUGUCUGUAACUCAGAAAAAAUUUCGGACUGACUUCCUUUUUAUCUUCACAGAUUUCUACAGGCGCUUUGCAGUCAAAUCAGAUGCUAUAGAGAAAGCUGAGUCUGCCCGUAAAACUAUGGAUGAUGAGACUGCAACUUUGGUCAACAAGAAGGCAAAAUGUUUAUCCAUAAAGCAUGAUCAUGAAGCUUAGCUUAAAUGCAUACAGACCACACAAGGUGAAAUCCAGCGUCUUGAGGUAGAAUUAUCCAAACUCCGUGAGCAGCUUUCUUCCCAGACUCCGUGAACAGCUUUCUUCCCAAGAAGAAUUUGCAAAUACCUUAUCUGAUCAAAGGACUCAAGCAUUUACUGAAUUAAAUUCUCACAUCAAUU